AUGAAGACUUCAAGAAUGGGAAAGAGCGCCAUGGCGGCCGUAGUACUUGCCUUAGCGCAUACCACUUCUGCCCACACCUGGGUCGAGCAACUCAUGCGCAUCGCGUCGAACGGAACCCUUGUGGGAGAGCCUGGAUUUAUCCGCAGCUACACUCCCCGAACCGAUCCUGCCUUCCACGACAGUGAGAUGAGCUACCUCAUCCCCCCCAAUGGCAGGCCUACUGGAAAUAAGAUUCUCGAGACCGAUAACAUCUGCCAUCCCUCACAGACCGUUGGCACUCAGAGCGCAGGAUUUCCCGUGCUAACAACGGCGCCUGGAGAUUUCAUCUCUCUACGCUACCUCGAGAAUGGCCAUGUCUCACUUCCACAAAACCAGAAGGGCAAGCCCCUGAAUCGUGGCACAAUGUACAUCUACGGCACCGACCAGGCGACGAACAACGACACGCUACUUGCCAUCCACAAGGUGUGGACGCCAGAUGGUCAAGGUGGUGACAAGAGAGGUCGCCUGCUUGCGACAAGGAACUACGAUGACAACCAGUGCUAUCAAGUCAACGGGGGCGAGAUCUCUACGGAGCGACAGAAGGAGUUCUUCAAUAAUAACGAAGAGCUCUGGUGCCAAGCAGACAUCCAGCUCCCCAGCGAUCUCAAGGUUGGCUCAACUUACACCCUGUACUGGGUCUGGGAUUGGCCGACCUUCAGCACGGAUGAUGUGCCGACAAGCGAGUCCAACGGGACCAUCACGCUCACCGAGAUGUACACCUCGUGUGCCGACAUUUCUCUUGUUGAUCCCUGCAGCAUCGACAGCCCUGCAUGUGCUGGUAUUAAUGGUACCAAAUCGGCGCUCACUCUUGCGAGUCUUGCGAACACGUUCGUCAAGGGUCAGCCGUACCAGGAGUCGGCUAUCCUGAGCCAGCUCGAGAAGGGCAACUUCGCCGUCGCCGUCCCAGGCAUAGAAGGCACGAACGGCGCGGCCGAUGGUGAUUCCACAGACGGCUCGUCUAGCGACUCCGACUCCGCGACAACCCUUAAGACCAAGACAAGACACAGCCAUCAGAAGACCGUGACCGUGACUGAGGGUAUCGCCACAGUUACAGUUACGCAGUACGUCGACUCUAGUACCCUGGCAGAAGCUACAUCAACUGCUACCGUCACUGAGGGCGUCUCCACCGUCGUUGUGACGCGGUUCGAGGAGGCGACUGCUCCCGUGGGCACGGCUUCGACGCCCGUCGAGACCGGCGCCGCACCCCUCGUCACGUCCGUCACGCCCUUCAUGGCACGGCGUGCGAGGUGGAGCAGCGGCAAGCGAAGUCUCCUAGGACCGCAUUAA